GGAAAAAAAGAAAAUAAGAGCAGGAGCAAAUCGAUCGUCCUCCAAUGAGAGUUGUUCAUUUCUUAUUUCUCUUUCACCCUCGAAUCCUUCAUUUCUUGAGUCUUCUUCUAGGGUUUCGGCUUUCCGGAGAAAAUCCAGUAGAAACCACCAACCCUAACCCAAAAAUUAGUUCUUUGGCAGUCAAAUAGUUGCUUAUUUCAACUUGGAGUCAUGGCAGAGCCGAUGACCGUCGACGUAAUAGACGAGACCAAAACAACGAAGGGUCCGGAUUCUCAGUGCGAUGUCACUUCGAAGGGGAACUUGAAGAGAAAGAGGGCGUCUUCUGUUGCAUUGGUGCGGCCAGAAGAGAGAGAAGCUAAAAUCAAGGAGUUGCGCGAGGAAAUGGAGGGGUUGUUCAGCUUCUACAAGGAAGGGCUGAAGCAGGGAGUGAAUAAACACGGGGAGAAUUUCACGGCUGGCAUCUCGAUGAAUUCGACCAUAGCCUCUUUAAUGGAAGAGAGCAGUCUUCCGCUCACUAAGUUAGUGGAUGAGAUUUUUGCGAAAAUCAAUACCGCUCCUGAAGGAAUCAAAAGCAACGUAGAGCUUAUAAGCAAAGCUGCUGUAAAGAGCGCUGUGAUCUUGGUUGGGCACAGGCUGUUCUACGGAAUUCCUGGCACCGACGCUGAUGUCUUGGAGGAUGAGUCUGAAUCUGCCCUUUGGUGCUGGGAGACAAGGGAUGCUAAGUUGUUGCCAAAGUCUAUGCGUUCUGAUAUUAGAAUCCGCCGAACUUGUAGGAAAAAGAUACACGAGAGGAUUUCCGCUGUAUCUGCAAUGUUAGCUGCUCUCUAUAAACCAGAAAGUCAUCAAAAUUGUAAAGAGCUGAUGAGAGCUUCAGAUAAGCUUUCUAAAGUUUUAGCUGAAGCAGAAAUACGCGUGUUAAUACAGAACAUGGGACAAACAAGUGGUGCUGAAAUUGCUGAGAAGGAUACCAAGAAGGAGAAGAUUUUGAUCAAGGAGAUGGAGAGGAGCAAAAGAGAAGCAGAAAAGGAAAAAAGAAGACUGGACAAGGAACUUCAAAAGGAAAAGUUACUGAGUGAGAAAGAGGAGAAGCGACGUGAGAGAGAAGAAUCUGAGCUAAAAAAGCAAUUAAAGAAGCAACAAGAAGAAGCUGAGAAAGAUCAGCGACGCAAGGAGAAGGAAGAGGCUGAUUUAAAAAAACAACAGUCCUUACAAAAACAAGCUUCACUCAUGGAACGCUUUCUUAAAAAGAACAAAAAUUGCUCAACUUCUCAAGAUGACCAAUUGUUGAGCAAUGCAAUAUCUGAUUUAUGCCCUGAGGAGAGGGAUAUAAUACCUGAAUCUGUUACUUCAUCAAUGGACUCUAUUCUUUCACUUCAGGAUAGAAUAAGUGCAGAAGAGCUGUGGAGGUCACAUAUAGACUCUUGGCGAUGCUUGGGUCAUUUAGUUCAUUCAAAUAAAAGUUCUCAUUGGGGGCUUCGUCAUGGACCCAAAACUGAAGUUGUCAAAGAUCUCAAGCUAACUACAAGUGAAGGGCUUUCUAAUGAUUAUGAGAUAACUGAAGCAAAGCUUUCUGAUAGAUUGAUUGACACUAACGGUGAUAGCAAAAUCUGCCACAUGAAUCCUAAGAGUUUUCCAUCUGGUUCCCGGAAUAGGCUACGACGUGUAAAAUUAUUGCAGUUCGAUAAGAGCCACAGGCCUGCAUUUUAUGGCGUUUGGCCAAAGAAAAGUGAAGCUGUCAAGGGACGUAGCCCUUUCACAAAGGACCCAGAGUUGGAUUAUGAGAUUGACAGUGAUGAGGAGUGGGAAGAGGAGGAACCUGGUGAAAGCUUAUCUGAUUGUGAUAAAGAUGAUGUUGAGAGUUUAGAGGAAGAUUGUUCAAAAGGUGAUGAUGAGGAAGAAGAAAGUGAAGAUGGCUUUUUUGUCCCAGAUGGAUAUCUAUCCCAGGAUGAGGGAGUUGAAUUUGACAAAACAGAAACUGAUGGCAUGUGUGAGAUUAAAGUUACACCAAGUUUGAAUCCAGAAGUGCAAGGUGAAGCAAUUGGUGUGCUUCGGCAGCAGAAAUGUCUAAACAAUUUGACGGAGCAUGCUCUCAAGAAGAACCAGCCAUUAUUUAUAAUAAAUUUCAAGCACGAGAAAGAUUUGCUGUUGUUGGAUGAUGAUGUCACUGGUACUGAAAAGCUUGAACAACUUUGUUUGAGUGCUUUGAAGAUGUGCUUCUUCCCAGGUCAGCCAUCUCUGCAGAUAUCAUGUGUAAAUCAUCAAACUGAUGAAAAGGUUCAAGAAGCUUCUCCCACAAGCAGCAGCAAGAUAGCUACCUCACAAGCUGGCAUGUCAGCUCUGCAGGAAUCAGAUUUACCUGUAAUUGUAUCUGUAAUCAAAUCAUGCUCGCAUGGCAUAAACAAGAUUGUUGAAUCAUUGCAACUAAAGUUUCCUCAUAUGGCAAAGACCCAAUUGCGAAGUAAAGUGCGUGAAAUUGCAGAUUUCGCAGAUAAUAGAUGGCAGGUCAAAAAGGACAUUCUUGCGAGAGUUGGAUUGACCCCAGAAAAAGUUGGCAGUGUGAGGACAAAGAGCAUUGCAGCCUUCUUUUCAAAAAGGUGCCUUCCGCCUUCGUCAACCAGCAAGGAUGUUAUUAGUAAUCCCAAAGAAACUUCUCCAAGACCAUGCGAUAAACAAGAAUGAACCUCUGCUGGAUCAACACCAAGAAUGAACCUCUGCUGGAUCAACACGUAAAUCAGAGAGGCUGUUUAGUUUUGUAUGCCUUUCAAAUUUUGAGGUUAAACAGAUCACAAUGAUAAUGAUAUACUAGUAUAAGUUUGGGUUUUUCUGAUCAACACCUGUAUUUUGUAUGUAGUGUAAGUGUAUGUAUGAUAUUAAAAAUUAGAGACUAGUCUCCAAAAAUAACCCUCUUUGGGAAAUUAUUUAUAUUACCAAGGAAACCAAGGAAACAUUAUUU